UGCCUGUUAAACUCACAGCCUUUCUCUGCCUCUGCAGCUUUGGCGACUCUGAAGCCGCAGGCCGGCCUCAUCGUGCCCCAGACAGUGCCGUCCUCCCAGCCAAACGUGGCGGGAGCUGGGGAGUCCAUGGAUCUGGGAGAGCUUGCAGGCAUGACCCCCGAGAUCAUCCAGAAGCUUCAAGACAAGGCCACGGUGCUGACCACCGAGCGGAAGAAGAGAGGCAAGACUGUUCCAGAGGAGCUGGUGAAGCCAGAGGAACUCAGCAAGUACCGGCAGGUCGCCUCACACGUGGGGCUGCACAGCGCCAGCAUCCCAGGGAUCCUUGCCUUGGACCUCUGUCCUUCCGACACCAACAAGAUCCUCACCGGCGGGGCUGAUAAAAACGUCAUCGUCUUUGACAAGAGCUCAGAGCAGAUCCUGGCGACGCUCAAGGGGCACUCCAAGAAGGUUACCAGCGUUGUCUUCCACCCCUCUCAGGACUUGGUGUUCUCAGCCUCUCCCGAUGCUACUAUCCGGAUCUGGUCUGUGCCCAAUGCCUCGUGCGUGCAGGUUGUCCGUGCCCACGAGGGCUCUGUGACAGGGCUGAGCCUCCACGCAACAGGCGACUACCUCCUCAGCUCCUCUGAUGAUCAGUACUGGGCUUUCUCGGAUAUCCAGACAGGCCGUGUCCUCACCAAGGUGACGGAUGAGAGCUCCGGCUGUGGUGAGGCUUACGGCUGAGAUCUGCUCUGCCGGCCGCGAGGGGGCUGCGGUUCCCUGCCGGCAGCCUGUCUCUGACUGCCUUAUCCCCAGGAACGCACCAACGUGGCCAACUUCCCAGGCCACUCGGGCCCCAUCACCAGCAUCGCCUUCUCCGAGAACGGCUACUACCUGGCCACCGCGGCGGACGACUCCUCUGUCAAGCUCUGGGAUUUGCGUAAGCUCAAGAACUUCAAGACGUUGCAACUGGACAAUAACUUUGAGGUGAAGUCUCUCAUUUUUGACCAGAGCGGCACCUACCUGGCGCUGGGCGGGACGGACGUCCAGAUUUACAUCUGCAAGCAGUGGACGGAAAUCCUCCACUUCACAGAGCACAGCGGCCUCACCACGGGAGUGGCUUUUGGCCACCACGCCAAGUUCAUUGCCUCAACGGGCAUGGACCGGAGCCUGAAGUUCUACAGCCUGUAGUCCGGGGGCCGGGGGCUCGGUGCCGUACUGGGG